AUGGCGGCUAGUGGUGACGUGGAUGAACUCUUCGAAAUCAGGAAUUCCUUUUACAUCGGCAACUACCAGUUUUGUAUAAAUGAAGCUCAGAAGUUGCACGUGCGUUUUCAGUUUGGUUGCUUUGGUUUGAGUCUUUUUCGAUGAAAUUGUCAUCUUUUGAGGGUUAAAAUGCAACAUUAGUAAAUACGGUUUGAUUUGUCUUUAACAGCCUUCUUCACGCGAAUUGGCCAUUGAAAAAGAUAUUUAUAUGUACAGAGCUUAUACAGCUCAGGUGAGUGGCUCUUUUUCUUUUCAAUUCUUAGCGCUACGACGUUUUCGUGACAUCUGGACCCAGUACAGUUCUAACCUGACAACACACUUGUUUAAAGUCGCUGUUUCCAAACGUCUGAUCUUAAGUUCAAUCAAUCAUUCAGCUCUCCUUAUGUUUCCACUCAUAAUGAGCUACUAUUUUCACUGUUUAGAUGGUAAACAAAUUGUCUUUGAGAUCAUGGUCAGGUCAAUAUUCAAUCAACCAAACUCGCAUGUUCACACUGAGCAUUUUGAACUUAGACCAUUUGGCAAAAGUCUGCCAAAUGGUCUGGAUUUUAUCCCUAGUCGGGCCAUUGUGUUUUUUCUUUUCUUGGGCAAGGCAUGUUAUUCUUGCAGACUCCAUCAAGAACUAUAAAUUUGUAAUGGCACAUUGUCAGGCAAACUCAUCUAAAGAUAUAUAAUUAUUUAAUUUUUUUUGGCACAGUUGUAAGCCUCCCUCACAAAAGCUGGUGGUUUCCUGAAGUCCCCUUGCUAUUAUCUAUUAUAAUAUUGUUAUUCAAUAAGUAUUGUAAACUCAUUUACCUAUCUUUUAAUGUUUACAAUACCAUCCCUCUAUGAAUGAGGAAUUAACCCUAAAACUCCCAAGAUUUGAUUGUUAAUUCUCUACUCUAGCUUCUAUCCAUUUCCUUGUGAAUUGGCUACAAGAAUUGAGUGUUCCAUCAAGAUAAUAUUUUGUGCCUGAUAAGUUUGGGUAAUCUCACUACCUGUUUGCUGGAUAGGGUAUGAACAAAUGAUGUACUCAAGGUAUAUUUGUAACCCUGGGAUGAAGUGGCAUUCCUUCUAUUGGGAAGUUUCAAUAUUCCUUGUUACUUCAUGUUACUGAAGCAAAAUAAGCCCCACUAACUUAAACAUCUGUUUCUCAAUGCAGCGCUUGUGUACAUGUUUUUAAAAGAAUUUUGUUCCAGCUCAUGUGAUGUUUCAGAGCCUUCCAUACAUUUCUCUGAAUUAGGGUAAGCAUAGAGUUGUCCUAGAUGAGGUGACAUCAGCUUCUCCAGCAGAAGUACAGCCUGUCAGAAUGUUAGCUGAAUAUCAUCAGAAUCCAAGCAAAAGGUACAAUUACUUUGACUUCCCAGCUAUUACAUGUAUUUGUAAUAACCAUUUGACUCCCAAGAUCAAAUCAUUAAUUCUUUCCUUUAGCUGUUUCAUGUACACACCUCCUUGUUAAAAAGUUACAAGAAUUUGGAUUUUGAUGACAAAAAAAACUCCCACCUGAUAAGUUUGAGUACUCUCACCACCUGUUUCCUGGAGAAUGUAUAGAUAUUAUAGGGAGAAGUUACAUGUAAAUCACUUCUGGGGGUUAAAGGGUUACUGGUGUAAUUUAUAUUAUGUGUCCAUCCCCUAACUUCCUGUUAUACCAAGGCUUUUGUGGUUAGUGUAGUAUGAGAAUUCACACUACUGAUUGCAGAUUUCAUAGGAGUUCUUGCACAAUCAAUUCAAAUUUUCAUGAUGAGAGAAAAUUCUUGAAAAGUGUUGUGGAUUAUAACAAGAGACUCACUACUGAUCAUUCAUAUUAAUUAGCUCUCCAAGAAUUUGUGAUGAGCAUUAAUGAUAGUGUUUUAUUCCAAACUGCCCCUCUCCCCUUGUAGAAAUUAAUUAUUUAUCUGAUGAAAUGAGACAAUCAUGAUGGUGAAAUUCUUGGCUACAAACAAGUAUCUACAGUAUUCCAGGUGGCACACAUUUGCUAAAGCCAUUUUUUUUUUAGAACCAAAAUUACCAUUGCUUUGUCUCUCUAAAUGUACAAGAUCUACUGUGCAGUGUAGUUUAGUUCUGCAAACCUCAGAAUACAAGUAUACAUAAACCUCAACAAUCUUUUCUUGUGUUCUAUCUUAUUAUUUCUCAUUCAUUAUGAUAAGUUCUGCUCUACAUUAAGUGCUAUACAUUUGAUAUUGUACAUGAAUUAUGUUCAUUACAUCUCAUAGUUAGUCCAUGCACUAUGAUUGGUCAAUUUAGUGGGCCAUACUUCGCUGUGUGGUUUACAAAAUUCAAAAGUUUGAAUUGAAACUCCCCCCCCCCCCCCUAUUUGAACGCAGAAAUAUAGCAAAUAUCUUACUAACCCUGUUUUUUGGUUCAUACUGUAAGUUAUGGAACUUCAUUUUUCUGGUCUGUAACUUACAGUACAGACCUCAAAUUCAAUUAUGUAGAGGAACAUGUGUAUGUACUCUAUAUGUUACAUCUAAGAAUUGUUACAAAUGCAUGCUUUUAAUUCAAUUUUAUAAUGAAUAAAAUGAUGGUAUUAAUGCGCACUUUUUGUUCCAGAGAAGUGGGUACUGCAGUGGUACAAAUUAACUCAAACUUAUUUGACAAUUUGCUUUGGUUCAAUUUAGGGAAUCAAUCCUCAAGUCCAUUGAAAAGAAGUUAAACUCUAGUGAUCUCAAUGACUAUGAUCUGUUAAUGGCAGCUAUGAUCUAUUACAAUGAACAGGUACAUAUCCUCUGUCAAAUUCUUCAGACUGAUCUCAUAGAUUGUCUUGUGCUUUUAACCUUUUUGCAGCUUAACAUCAGUAUGUUAGUGCGCCAUGCUGUUCACUAUGCAUUCCCUAUGGUACUUACGGGUACUAGGAGAAUUUGUCCAACAAUCAAGCUUCUUGAGUUGGCAAUUACAAUAUUUCCUUUAUUCUUAAAACCUUAAUGUUUGAUUCAGGGGUGAUACUGUGAGAAGAGUUUAGAUGUUAGUCACUCUUAAAAUGGGUAGAAAGGUUAAUUAUUGUCAGCCUUGUCACCUUUAGUCUGAAUACAUAAAUUAUGGAUGCUGAAACAGGAGGUCAUAUUGGACUAAAAGAGAUGAUUAUAUUAUUUUAUAUAAUUUAUCAUUCCACACUUUUACAUGUUUUACAAGGACUGUCCAGGAACAUCUGCACAUCCAGAUGUGUUUGAUCUAAUUCAGAAUACUUUUGUUUUCUUUAUUAGAAUUUCGAAUCAGCUUUACGAUGCCUUCAUCAGUCUGAAUCAUUGGAAUGGUGAGGAAAAAAGUUUAGAGUUUGUCUGCCUUUUUGUCGUAGUGUUAAAUGGGCAAGUUCCUAAGACUACAUUGGGUACAUAUUUCAAAACCUAAAUGAAUUUAAACCAGUUUUAUUUGCUGUUUUUAUUAAUUUGCUUUGUUCCACCUACAUUCCUACACACUAGCCAGUGGAAUCAUUUUAGCUUAAAAUUACUUUAAAGUGUGUAACGUAUCAAAUGCGUGCAGCUUCAAAUGUUUGUAUAAUGUGUUUCUUUUUUCUUUUCCAGCUCAGCGCUCUCAGUACAAAUUUAUAUCAGCAUGGAUAGAGUUGAUCUGGCCAAGUGAGUGUGAAUUUUAAUUGCAGGUCAUCAUUGAGUUUUAGAAUGCAUCAAUGUAAUUUAAAAGGAAAAAUCUUAAGAAAGUGUAUUAACCAAUCUUUUGAUUAUUUUGUUUCAAAGGAAAGAACUUAAAAGAAUGCAAGUGAGUUUUCUUUAUGGUUAUUUUUUUUUGGCCUUGGGGCCAGGAAUUUAAGUUUACAUGUGCUGCACUGGUGUAAUGUCUGGAUAAUAUUUUUGUAACUGGUUUGGAGGAGCUUGGAGUGUCAUCUUGGGUUUGUCAUUACUAAAAUAUAAAAUGAAUCUUCUGCAGGACCAAGAUGAUGAUGCAACUCUCACACAGCUUUCCCUUGCAUGGUUCAAUCUUGCUGUGGUAAGUGAAUGGAAGAAUUUGUUCUUGCUUUAUGUCAGGCUCUCUAACUUGUGUCUUCAAAUCUGCCUUUUCACUCCUUAGAGUCAACACUAAACUUGUGAAUUUUUGCAAUGAAGGUGUUUUUCUCUUUAACACAGGGAGGAGAGAAAUAUCAAGAUGCCUACUACAUUUUCCAAGAGCUUUCAGACAAAUACACUCCAACAGUCAUGUUACUCAAUGGUCAGGCUAUUGCAUACAUGCACAUGGGGAAAUUUGAAGAUGCAGAGAGUUGUCUGCAAGAUGCACUGGACAAAGUAAGAGCUACAUAAUGCCUUGUUCAAUAGAAAUCAUACUCUAAGGUUAUGGCAUCAUAAAUAGCAAUAAAAGUUGCCUCAGAGACCUUUAAAUAUUAAUACAAUAAAAAGGAUAAACUUCCAAGGCUAGUUCUGUUGCAGGUUGUGUGACAAACACAGUUAAAAGUAUUAACCAAUUGGGCCCUGAAAUCAGUAUGUAUAUUCUCCAUAGUGUUCUCUUGACAUCUCCUUCAGUGUUGACAAGGAGAAUUUUUUUUUAACAAUCAAGAGCUUCUGUGGUUGUUGAUCAUUUCCUUUGUUCUUGUCACUUUAAUGUUUGAUUCAGGGGGGAUAUUGUUAGGAGAAAUUAGAUGCUGGUCACUCUUAGGGGUUAAAGAGUUGAUGGAAAUCAAAUGUUUUCAUGAAUGGGCAGUUUGUUUGGUAAAAUUGGAUUCAGUUUAGAAUUAAGUUUUAUUACAAUUGGAAUACAUGUACAAUCAUGUAACUUCCUUCCCCUCCUGUCCCCCACCUCCUCUCUUUGCCGCUACCUCACACACAAAACACAAUUUCUGUAUUAAAGAAGCACAUUUUUAGAUGUGGAUUCCUUUUUUCUGUACAGGAUAGCAGUAAUCCGGAAACUCUCAUCAACAUGGUGGUUUUAUCUCAGCAUCUAGGAAAAGCUCCUGAGGUAUGCAUACAUGUCAUUCUGUGCUGGAUAUUCAUGAUUAUGUUUGAAAUAACUCGAAGAGAUAAAUGCAGAAAUUUUACUUUUGCAUUCACAGUACAUGUGAAGGAAAUGCUGAGGCUUUUUUUUUUCUCUCUCUCUUUUUAUGUGCAUCUUCUAGGUAACAACAAGAUAUAUUUCACAGUUAAAGGAUGGGCAUCCAAGUCAUCCUUUUACAAAAGACCUCCUGGCAAAGGUACUUCACUUAAAUUUUUUUUUGUUAAAUUUAGCAGCUGGAGUAAAAAUAAUAAUAGAACAUAAAGUGUACAUAAAUUAUAUCCAUCCUAGUAUUGUGCCUGAAAUUCACAUAAUUUUGUGAAGGCAAAUUCUACAGAUUAUGAUUUUUUUGGCUUCCCUAUCACAGUCAUGAUACUCUGUUGUCAGUACUCCUUCUCCUCUUUUGUUUUGUCUCUUUGUUUGUUUCUUCUUUCAUGAUAACAUUUAUUUUUCAUGUACUUAACUUGUUAUGAUAAAGAGAGAAUACGCAGACAUUGCACCAUCACAAGUUGAAACGGGCUCCAUGGUUACCACAAGGAAGGAAUAGCAACCAAUCUUUUAAAGAAAGUUUUUUUUUUUUUACAAACUGAUUCUUGCUCAAUUUUCAUUCAAGAUUUAACCUAGCCUUUUAUUUUUUGUCUCUUUCUCCUCUGUAGGAGAAACAUUUUGAUCAGCUUGCAGAACAAUAUGCAGUCAGCGUACAGUCGUGAAGAUGAUGAUGAUCGAAGAAUUAUGCGAGGACUACUGGCAUAUGUGUAAACAACUGAAUGUAAAAAGAACUAUCAAACCUACUGUAGGCAUGCCUUUACAAGCUUCAGUUUAU